AUGCCGUGUGAGGGCUUGCUGGCAAUGAGAGAAAUGGAACUGCUGGACUUCUCCAACAACCGCCUCACCAACCAGUACAUGUACAACCCCCGCUGCGUUUACAAUGGAACCAUGCCUAACCUCCAGACUUUGUACUACACCAACAAUGAACUCACCAGCCUGAAAGUUAUCUCCUCGUCUGUGAGAUAUUUUGUACGAUUGAAGGUUCUGGAUGUAAGCUUCAACCAUCUGGGCUCUGCUCCUCUCAGCACCGGUUGCAUCUGGAACCACAAUAUUACUCGCUUCAUUGCACACCACAACGAGUUUGCCAGUGAGUCCUUGCUUUGCCUGCCAGCCACUGUGGAGUACUUGGAUCUUUCAUACUGCAGUCUGGACAAGGUGGACACAGCAUUCUUUGACAAAGCCGUGAACCUCAAAGAAGUGCUUCUAAGUGGAAACAAAAUCAAGUACAUUCCGCCAAACUGGAAAAGCCCAACCCUGCGAUCGCUGGAACUCGAUGGGAAUUCUUUUGGUGUCAUAACAGUGAACUCAUUUCAAGAUAUGCCGCUGAUGAAAUCUCUCAAAGCGGGGAACAAUCCUUACCAGUGCACGUGCGAGCUGCAUGCGUUUUUUGAGGACACCUUGUCGAAGGCAAUGGUGAAUUUAACCGACUGGCCGUGGAACUACCACUGCUACCACCCACAGGCUCUGCUCAACACCUACAUCUCCAAGUUUGUCCCAGGGCGUCUGGCGUGUGACGUCCGACUGGUCGUCCUCAUCGCCGUGGCCACGACUGCAGCUUUCCUCAUGGCUCUGAUGGUGGUCUGCUACGUCUUCGAACUCCCCUGGUACACCAAGGCCACGUACCAGAUCCUCAGAGCCAAAUAUCGAGCCUACCAGACCCCGCCUGGAGAGGAGGCAAUGCUCCGGUACCACGCCUUCAUCUCCUACAGCCACUGGGACGCCGACUGGGUGAGGGACCAGCUGCUGCCCGCUCUGGAGGACCGCGGGAACCCUUACCGUCUGUGCAUCCACGAGAGAGACUUCACACCCGGGAAGUGGAUCAUCGACAACAUCAUCAAGAACAUUGAGAACAGCCACAAGAUGAUCUUCGUGCUCUCUCGGCAUUUCGUCAACAGCGAGUGGUGCAACUAUGAGCUGUACUUUGCGCAGCAGCGAGCGAUGGGGAAGACCUUCCACGACGUCAUCCUGGUUCUGAAGGAGCCCAUCGACCCCGGCUCUCUGCCCAACAAGUACUGCAAGCUCAAGAAGAUGUUGAGCACCAGGACCUACCUGGAGUGGCCCCAGCAGCAGAACCAGCGAGCCUUCUUCUGGGCUCAGCUGCGGAGCGUGCUGGGCAGACCGGCCGUGGUGAGGUCCAGGAGCGGGAGCCAGAGGAGCCGAGGGGGCUCUGAGGAGAGGGAGCCACUGGUGGACAGGCCUGGGUUAAGUGUGGAGGUCAUAGAGGAGAGAGAGUGA